AUGUAUUAUCAGAGAGCUCAGAUGUCCUCCUGCAACCAAGGACUCUGACCUGGAAGAACAGUAUCCACUGGAGACCGCAGCACACAGGACAUGGCGAUUCUGCCGCACAUUCUGCUCCUCAGCCUCUUCAUUCUCACAGUGAUCGCAACAGGUCAGAAUGAUAAAAAGCUGUUAGUGACCACGAAAUAUGGACAACUACGGGGCGUUACGGUGCCAGUAAAGGAAACAUCUAGAAUUAUAGAUGCAUUUUUUGGAGUCCCUUUUGCAAAACCUCCAGUUGGACCACUGAGAUUUGCCAACCCGGAACCUCCUGAGCCCUGGAGCUCUGUUAGAGACGCCUCCGAGUUUCCCCCAAUGUGUUUACAAAUCAAAGACAUCAUGGAUGACAUAGCAAAAUACUACCAAUCCUCCUUUAAGAUGCCCCGCACCUCGGAGGACUGCCUGUACCUGAAUGUGUUUACUCCAGCCGACAGAGACAAGAAAUCCAAAUUACCUGUCAUGGUCUUCAUACAUGGUGGAGGGCUGCUGUUUGGGGCGGCAAGUAUACAUGAUGGCUCUGCUCUUAGCGCCUACGAGAACGUAGUGGUUGCGUCCAUACAGUACAGGCUGGGGAUCCUAGGAUUCUUCAGUACUGGAGAUGAGCAAUUACCUGGUAAUUAUGGGCUUCUAGACCAAGUUGCCGCCCUACGAUGGGUACAGGAAAACAUUGCAGACUUUGGUGGUGACCCCACAUCUGUCACUAUAUUUGGUGAAUCUGCCGGUGCGAUCAGCGUCUCCUCUCUUGUUCUCUCCCCUUUAGCCAAAGGUCUGUUCCACCGCGCCAUCGCAGAGAGCGGAGCUGUAACAAUGCCUAACUUAGUGGUCAGCAACUCUGAAGAACUCCUCUACUACCAGAAUAUAGUAGCGAAGACAUCAGGCUGUGAUCUCUACUCUAUAGCCGACUGUCUAAAGAAGAAAUCAGAGGAGGAGCUUAUCGCUAUUGUCAAAGAAAUGGGCAUUCUGUUUCUUCCUGCCUGUGUGGAUGGGGUUUUUCUACCUAAACCAGUAAAGGGGAUAAUGGCUGACAAGGAAGGAAACAAGGUCCCACUUCUCAUUGGAUUCAAUAACCACGAGUUUGGUUGGGAAGCAUUACAGAUGGUGAAUAUCACAGGGAUAACAGAAGGAAUGACGCGGGAGACUAUGAUGCUGAAGCUCCAAACUCAUAUACUGGGUCUAAGUCCUGAUGUCAUCCCUCUCGCCACUGACGAGUAUCUUGGCGACACCACUGAUCCACUGGAGAUUCGUGAUCGCUUCCUGGACUUGUGUGGCGAUGUAUUGUUCGCUAUACCAGCAUUUAAGAUUGCAAAAUACCAUCGAGAUAUGGGGCUCCCCGUCUACGUCUAUGAGUUCCAGCACCCAACAUCCUUGCUGGCUCAUGUCAGACCAGACUAUGUGAAGGCCGAUCAUGGCGAUGAGCUCGUCUUUGUGUUUGGAGGACCCUUCCUGAGGGACAGUGUCAUUUUUGCUGGACCUGCCACCCCUGAAGAGAAAGUCCUGACGAGGAAGGUUAUGAAAUACUGGGCGAACUUUGCUCGGACUGGGAACCCCAAUAGUGCCGACCUGACAACAUGGCCGCAGUACGGCGCAGACGAACACUAUAUGGAGAUUAACUUACAGCAGAAAUCGUCCUCCAAACUGAAGGAGGACAAGUUCAAGUUCUGGACGGAGAUCCUUCCAGAGAAAAUCCGGUCCCAGAGAGCGGGAGGAGGAGAUCACGCAGAGCUGUAGAUCCAGACAAAGCAGCUUCCUACACGUGAAGGACAAAACGGAGAGGAGGCCGAGGAGCGUUAUAAUUCAGGAGACACUAAUAAAGUUUACUUUCUGGAAUUCUGAA